UAGAUGAUUUGGCUGUUGCGACUACCCAAACACACCUUGCCAUUUCGUUCUCGUUCUCCUCUCUGUAACUGCUGUUGUUCAUAGAUUUUGUGAACCCUAAAACUCUCUUCCGCCAUUCUCUUCAGCUUUCUCUCUCUAAAUCUCCCUGCCUCAAUCGUGAACCGCUGAUAUUCCUGUCUGUCUGUAUCCAAUUCGCGGCAUCGUAACCCCGAUGGCUGAUGGAAAGCUCGAUCUCCCUGACGAUCUCCUCUCAUCCAGACCGUCCGAUCAGACUUGGAUUCCAAAAGGUAGUGAUGAGGACAAGUCAUUGACAGGAUUGCUUGAUUUGUCUAAGGAUCAAGCAGUGCCUGAUAGCAGCAUUCCUUUGUCUCCACAGUGGCUCUAUGCUAAACCAAGUGACACUAAGACAGAAAUGCGUACACCAAGUUCAUUGUCCCUUGGAAGUUCUGCUGAUCCAAGUCAGAAGGAGGCCUGGCGUACAGAUGCACCUGAGGAUAAAAAAGAUUGGAGAAGGACUACAACAGAGAAUGACAGUCGUCGUUGGCGUGAGGAAGAGAGGGAAACUGGUUUGCUUGCCCGAAGGGAUCGUAGGAAACAAGAUCGUCGUGCUGUUGAGAAUGUUUCUGCCAAAGAAACAACUGAAAAUAGAGCUUUGCCUACUACUGACAGAUGGCAUGAUGGUGGUAAUCGCAAUGCAGGUCUUGAAGCAAGGCGUGAUAGCAAGUGGUCUUCUAGAUGGGGUCCCGAAGAAAAAGAGAAGGAAGCUCGGACAGAGAAAAAGGUUGACACUGAGAAGGAGGAUGCUAAUAGUGACACUCAAACUUUCGUUGCUAGCCGUGCUGUUCCAGAGCGGGACCCAGAUGCCCGUGAUAAGUGGCGACCACGCCACAGGCUGGAGGGAACUACUGCAGUCCCUGGUUCAUAUCGUGCUGCUCCUGGAUUUGGGGUUGAGAGAGGACGUGCAGAGGGUUCAUAUGUGGGGUUUGUCAUAGGGCGUGGGAGAUCUAGCAUGUCUAUUCAAAGAUCAUCAGGUGGUGCAAUUGGUGCUGCACUGUCUGAGAAUGAUAAGAGUGUUCUUGGAAAACCAUUCAUUGCAGCCAAUACCUUUAGCUAUCCGAGGGGAAAACUGCUUGAUAUAUAUCGCUGGCAAAGGAUUGACUCUUCUUUUGGUAACGUUUAUGAGAAAAUGGAAGAAGCACCUCCCAUCACACAAGAAACUGUCAUUGAGCCGUUAUCUUUUGUUGUUCCUGAUCAUGAAGAGGAGGCCAUUCUGAAUGAUAUGUGGACUGGAAAAAUCACAAGUAGUGGGGCAUUAUAUAAUUGUUAUAAAAAGGGAAGAUCAACUGAUAACAUUGCAGAAAUUGAAGAAAUGGAAUCUUCCAAUGGCAAAGUGUCAGCCCUGCCUACUGAUACAAAGGAAAAGAUGGCAGAUAUCAUUCCUAAUGUAUCAAAAGAUAUUCGAGAAUUGGCUGUUGACUACAGUGUUGAUACAAAUUUGCAUGGAAUAGAAGCCAAAAACAGAGUUCCUGAUGUUGCUGGAGAUGAUAUUAUAUCAACCUUGAUAAGAGAUGAGUAUAAAAGCAGAUCAAUAGAUAUUAGCAGGUCUCAAUUUGAGGAUUCUGAACUCACUCCUUCCUAUCGUGCCAAAUCAACUGCUGCUUCUGACAUCAGUUCUAAGCUUUCUAAUGAUUCAAAUUCCCUUUUUGGCAUGCCAUCUUCUGCGCAAUACCUGGGAAGUAACACUAAUGAAAACCAAUUAACGAGGGGCGUUCCACCUGAGGAGUUAAGUAUGUUCUAUCGUGAUCCUCAAGGUGAGAUACAGGGCCCAUUUCUUGGCGUUGACAUAAUCUCUUGGUUCGAACAAGGAUUUUUUGGAACAGAUUUGCCAGUUCGCUUGGUAGAUGCCCCAGAAGAUUCACCUUUUGAAGAAUUGGGUGAUGUUAUGCCACACUUAAGAGUUGGACAUUCUUAUGGUGGUGUCCCUGAUCCAAGUUCUAAAUUAGAGCAACCUGCAACAUCUGAGGGAGCAUUGGUAGCUGAUAUACAGGAUUCUAUGUCUGUUUCUGUUGUUGAUUCUUCAACUACCCGUGAUGGCUUGAUGUGGCAACCAUCGGAUUUUGAUGGUCCUUAUGCCCACCAUAUUCAGUCAAAAUUAACUAAUCAUGAAUUUCUUCAGCCAGAAAAAUCAUUUUCCAAGGGUGAUGACUUCAAUGAUUUUGUUGCCCAAGAUGAAGAAAUUGUUUUCCCAGGGAGGCCUGGAAGUAGUGGUAAUCCUAUUGGCAAAGCUUCAAGGACCAGUAAUGAUCCUUCAAGUAUUAUAAAUGGUUCUUCAAUUCCUAGUGAAAUGUCUGAGCAUGGAAUGGCAGUUCAGAGGGAUAAUAACUUGCAUCCAUUUGGUCUGCUAUGGUCUGAGCUUGAAGGCCCUUUUGCAAGGAAUGGUAGUAGAGCUGGUCAGGAUCAGCGUGUAAACCCCAUUGCUGGAAGGGUUUCCCCAUUUGGCACAAUGAAUGAAUCAACUGUUGCUGUGGAGGCAAGGCCUGAUAUUUACAAAAAGAAUGUACUGUCUGACCCAAACAUGUAUCAAAGUGCCAUGGAUGCUCGACAUUUGUCACGGAUGGACCAAGAGUCAAACCACUAUGAUUUGGCUGAUAAGCUGCUGUCUCAACAGCUCCAACAGCAGCAUCUUCAGCCACAUAAUCUGAUGUCUCCUCAUAAUGUCCACAUGAAUGAUGCAAUGAUGGAAAGAGUGGGGACUCAGAAUUCAAUACACAGUCCACAUCUUGCUGGCCAAAUGGGGCAAGAUCUGGAACAGUUCAUUGCUCUUCAAGCCCAACAGCAAAGGCAACUGCAAUUUCAACAACUGCAGCAGCAACAACAGUACCAUCAGCAGCAAAUGCUUCUAAAAGAACAGCAGCAAACUCAGGCUAGAGAGCAGCUGCUUCUUGAACAAAUAUUGCGGAAUCAAAUGCUUGAUUCCAACCAUGGUCAAUCACAUGUUGAUGCUAUGAUAGCCAAUAGCGCUCGUGAACAGGCUUUCAUGAAGCAGAAAAUUUUAAGUGAGCUACAACUCCCCCAGCUGCCUACAAGGCAAGCUGACCCUUCCAUUGAGCAUCUUAUUCAAGCAAGGUUUGGUCAAAUGCAACAUCCAGAGCAUCGAAAUGAUUUGUUGGAGCUCUUAUCCAGAGCAAAGCAUGGACCGAUGCAUCCAUUGGAGCAUCAGAUCAUUCAGCACGAACAGCUGCAUGGUAGGCAGAUGCCUAUGGGGUUGAGGCAACGGUUGGAAAUGGAGGAAGACAGGCAAACUUCUUUUUGGCCAAUUAAUGAAACUGGUCAGUUUCAUAGAAAUCCUGGUGUUGCUCAUCGAACCAGCUCUGGACUUGGCCCAUUAGAUCUUUUUCAAAAGCAACAGAUACUGUCUCCUGAAGAUCACAUUGGUCUCCUCGAGCGGAAUCUUGCAUUACAGGAUAGAAGACCUCAGCGUGGGUUUUAUGAUCCAGGGUUAAAUCCAUUUGAGCGAUCAAUGACGUUGCCUGGAGGAGGUGGUGGUGGAGUUAAUAUGGAUGUUGUAAAUACAAUGGCACGUGCACAGGGUUUACAUGUUCAGGACCCUAAUGUGCAAAUGCAUUCUGGUGGUAACAUGGGUGGGUUCUCUUCUGGUGCCUACCAUCGGUCAUUGGUUCCCAAUGCAUUUCAUGGUUCCCACUCAGAUUCAAUGGAGGGCCAAUGGUCUGAAAGCAAUGGUCAGAUGCCAACUGAUUGGAUAGAAUCCCACAUUCAGCGAUUGCAUCUUACUGGUGAGAGGCAAAUGAAGGAGUCAGAGAUGAAAAGGAGUUCUGAUGAUUCAAGUUUAUGGAUGUCUGCGGGAGGAAAUGAUGAAAGUUCAAGGCGUUUGCUUAUGGAACUGCUUCACCAGAAAUCUGAUCAAUUGUCAACACACCGUCCAGAAAAUUUUGUUGGAACCUCCUAUGAAAGAGGUCUAGCUUCAGCACACAUUUCUGGGACCAAUAAUGUAAAUUAUUCCUUCAAUGCUGUGUCUGAUCAAGAAAUGGGGCUAAGCCAAUCCCUCGUUGUUGGGCCUUGUAGCUCUAAUUCAGGUGUGCAACCAAAAAGCUUUCUUGCAGAAGAGAUUGCUGGUCUUAAUACUGCUGAAAAUUUUUCCUUUAGAUCUCAUUCUGGAUCAUUAAUUGAAGAACCUUUCCUCUCUGGCAUAAAUGAUAUCAACAAGGGCUCUCAAUUAGAGACUCGAGGUCAGGUUAAGCUAGCUGGUUCGGCAGCUAUAGAUCAAGGGGAAGUCCCGGUUAGUGUUCUGAGAAGGAAUACUUCACUUGACACUGGAGUUGGAAAUGCAGGCAUGUACAGUGAUGACAAUAGUACUGGUGGUGCCAUGGCAGAAGAUGUUAAAAAGGAUCGUGCAUCUGCUGCUACAUCAAGAUGUCCAGAAAACAUUUUGCUAAAACGUCCGCCUGUUAUGCGGGUUUUAUCGAAUCAAGAAGGUUUGUCUGAGCUGAACAUUGACAAUGUCAGAGGGAGAAGUCUUUCUAGUGAAGUGGAAAAACGGGAUGGAGGAGGUAAUGCUGCAAAUCAAGUCUCUGAUACUUUUGCCACUGGGAAAAAAGAAGUGGGUUUCCGCCGAACUGCUUCUUGUGGUGAUGCUGAAGUUACAGAGACAUCCUUCAGUGACAUGCUUAAGAGUAAUGCAAAGAAGCCCCCCCAGGAGGUUCAUUCCUCAACAGCUGCUUCUGAGUCAUUUGAUGCAGCCCAGGGUGCUCGACGCAACAAAAAGAAAGGAAAGAAAGGGAGACAGAUUGACCCAGCUCUUCUUGGAUUCAAGGUUACAAGCAAUCGCAUAAUGAUGGGUGAGAUACAGCGCAUAGAGGACUAGGUGUGUUUUUUCUUGGCUGGCUGUAUAGGUUGAGUCUCUUGUAAAUUUUCUCGGCAGAAAUGUUCUUUAUUCAAAAUGUUGAUCACCCUUUUUCAUUUCAGUCAGUGAAGUGUGUGGUGAUCGUUUAGGUGUAGGCCUAUAGUUUACUCUAGGUAAAACUUAAAAGUCCAUUAGAUGUUUUCCAGAGAGCUUUGUAUAGAUCGAGUUUUGUACACUGAUCAAUACACAUCAUGGAUGGUAGUAGAGAUUUCCACCAUCAAAGAUUCAAAGUUAAUAGUUGAUUUUUAUUUGAAAAAUUUUGCAGUUCAGGUCAA